UAACUUCAAACCAGAAGAAUCGAUGAAGCAGGCGACCCUUCUAGCAAUUUUCUCGCCGUAGCUGCCGAGCAAUCACCAGGCUCUUCAGUCCACACUAGUCCAUGUUAACCUCACAGUACUAGUUCUCAUUCUGUCGCCCAGCGACGAAACCGUGACAACGAAAGUUUGAAGAAGGCUUUCCGUAUUUGGUUGUCUGUUUUGGCAACAAAAGUCCAUUUCUAGCCGUGAGGACUCCGAUUGUGUUGGCUCUGCGUCUUACAGCUCAGGUAAACUGAGCAGUUUUUGAAUUCCUGUUGCAAAGUGCUCAUUAUCUUGAAGCCGGAUAUCUUUAAAUUUCAUCUAUCCGAAUUCGAGAUGUUAUAUACUCUGGAAUAUUGGUUUGUUGGCCGUGUUCUGAGUUGAUGAUCGUAUAUGUGUAAAAAUAGUAUAUUACCAAUCUAUUGUUUCCUUAAGGCAGUGUUUGUAAGCUUUUUGGACAUGAUGUAGGAAAUUGAAUUAGUCAGGUCAACUAGAAAGCUACAAUAAGGAUGCUUACCACCCUCCAGCCUGCACACAUCCCCCAGCUUCCCUGUAUCCAUUCAUCUGUUCGCUAUAGCAGACACAGCAAACUAAUAGCUUCAGUUGCUUGGAAGCAUGAUGAGAUACCAUUGACCAAGCGAAUUCAUACUUGUGCAUCAUGGCCUUCUUCCUGCUCUGAAAUGAAGCUUAGUAGAAUAUCUGUAGAUUAUGAUAAUAUGUUCAAAUUCAUUAGAUUGCCAAACUGCAUUCCCUUCAGAUCUGAACUUAGUGGUACUGACUCUACGAGUGCUGUCCCUCCACUUUCAGAUAUGCAUUUGGAUUCAAAACUUAGAGGGAUUUGCUUCUAUGCUGCUACCUCUUUAUCUGCCAUUUUUUUGUUUGUGGCAAUGGUUGUUGCACAUCCUUUUGUUCUCUUAUUUGAUCGCUACCGUCGAAAAGCUCAUCACCUUGUUGCCAUGGUCUGGGCAAAAUUGACAGUCUCCCCAUUUUACAAAAUUGAGAUUAACGGAUUGGAAAAUUUGCCACCCAAUUAUGCGCCUGCUGUGUUUGUGUCCAACCACCAGAGCUUUUUGGACAUUUACACUCUCCUUACUCUUGGGAGAAGCUUCAAAUUUAUAAGCAAGACUGCUAUUUUCUUAUUUCCGAUCAUUGGCUGGGCCAUGUAUCUGAUGGGAACUAUUCCUUUGAGGCGUAUGGACACUAGAAGCCAAAUGGACUGUCUUAAGAGAUGCAUGGAUCUUAUCAGCAAGGGAGCGUCUGUAUUUUUCUUCCCAGAGGGUACUAGGAGUAAAGAUGGAAAGCUAGGUGUAUUCAAGAAAGGGGCAUUCAGUAUUGCUGCAAAAAGUGGAGUUCCUGUUGUUCCAAUUACCCUUAUUGGAACUGGUGAAAUUAUGCCAGCAGGAAUGGAAGGCAUGGUAAAUUACGGGACAGUUAAAGUUGUCAUUCAUCAGCCUAUCGAGGGAAGUGAUCCAGAAGUGUUAUGUAGGGAGGCAAGGAAUGUGAUAGAAAAUCAACUUGCACUCCACUGAUGAGAGAGAUAUACAUUGUUCUUUUGUUUCAUUUUAUGAUCCAAAGGGUUUUUUGUCUGGGCAUAAAACUUUACUUCUGCACUUCUUCAAAGAGUAGAAUCAAAGAGUAGAAUGUUACGGGUCACUACUUCAAAGAACGACCUCCACAUACUCUGCACCAAUGCGCGUAGUGCCUGCAUGUCGUGUGUGGUUGCCCUGACAUUGGAUGGAGCUGCUCACACUGAUUUAGGCGUGGAUAUGGUCCGGUCCUGGGCCAUAAAGUAAAAAACAGAGGAUCGAACAGGAAUCAGAAUUGACUGGUUGAAUCAUGAUUUGGAGGAACAAGACAGGCAUAUAGCCUCCCUCAGUCCCUUGUAUGAGUAGGAACUGGGAGUUCAAAUCCAAUGGUCGGGGAGUCGUGCAACACUACCUACGUGGGUAGUACCCCGUAUCAAUGUAGCCCGGUUUCAGAUCACAUUUAUCUUCUAAGAGGAUAUGAUAGUAUGAUACUAUACCCUAGAGAUUUAUAAACUAGUGAGUAAAGUAGUAAACCAUAUGCUCACGAAUCAUUCCAAAUUCCAUAAUUUAUUUGAAAGAAUCGACUGGAAUAUGGAAUAAAGUUCUUAGGUAUCUGUGGGACUCACUCCCAUAAUUCAACUGAGUGACAACAUAAUAAAUGUAUUAUGAAAAUAAUAACAAAAUCAAUGUUUGAGACAACAAAAUUUAAUAUUGGAAUAUAUUAUCAUAAGAUUGAGAUUAUGUAU